AUGUGCUCAAAAAAGAAAUCAGUCCAACAUAAGAAACAAAAAAGGAAGUCCAAGCUAAAUUUUGUGUCCGAGAAUCAAGAAGAGGAUAACAGUGGAAAUGAACAUUGGCCUAUUUUCUCACUGUCAGGGGAACAUGGAAGGGUCAAGGAGAUAAAGAUAUCAUUGACACUGGAAGAUGAACCCAUAGAAAUGGACUUGGACACUGGCGCUUCUAUAUCAGUGAUAUCGGAACAACAGUACAAGGCCAAGUUAGAGCAAAAAGUGACAUUGCGUCCAAGUACUGCUAUUCUGAAAACUUACUCAGGAGAAAUGUUAGGAGUUCUGGGUGAAGUGAAUGUACAUGUGAAAUAUCAGACACAAAAUAAAUUCUUACCUGUUGUCGUGGUGAAGGGAAAUGGACCAGCAUUAUUUGGUAGGAAUUGGAUGGAAGCUAUAAAACUGGACUGGCAGUCAAUUCAUUUUGUGGCUGGGGAUUUGAAAAAGUAUUCAGUGUUUGAUAACAAACUGGGAUGUAUCAAAGGUGUAACAGCAACCUUGAAAGUCAAGGAGGAUGUUCAACCAAAAUUCUUCAAGCCACGACCAGUGCCAUUUUCUCUGCGUGAUAAGAUAUCUGCUGAGUUAGACCGACUUGAGCGGACAGGCAUCCUAAAGAAAAUUGAGUUUUCGGACUGGGCAGCGCCAAUAGUCCCAGCAAUGAAAGCUGAUGGAUCUGUACGAAUAUGUGGAGACUUUAAAGUUACUGUAAAUCCAUACCUGGAUAUUCCGGAAUACCCUUUUCCGACAAGUGAGGAGUUGUUCACAAAGCUAAAUGAUGGAGAGAAGUUCUCUAAGUUGGACUUAUCUCAAGCUUAUAACCAAGUAGUUUUGGAUGAAGAAUCUAGGAAGUAUGUGACAAUAAACACACAUCAAGGACUGUACCAAUAUACUCGUUUACCUUUUGGCAUUGCGUCAGCUCCUGCUAUUUUCCAGCGCACCAUGGAUACGAUUCUCCAAGGUCUCGACAAAGUUGGAUACAUACUUGAUAUCUUAGUAACCGGUGCAAAUGACAAUGAACACAAACAUAUCUUGGAAAAUACACUUAAACGAUUAGAUAGUUAUGGUGUGAAGUUGCAAAAGUCCAAGUGUCAGUUCAUGCAGGACCAAGUCGAGUACUUUGCGUUUGUGGUGAGCAAGGAGGGAAUUAAACCUUCACCGAAGAAACUUGAGGCAAUUCAGAACAUGGAGGAUCCAAAGUCUAAGAAGGAACUACAGAUAUGGUUGGGAAUUGUGAACUAUUAUCGAAAAUUUAUCCCAAACAUGUCAACACUUAGUGGACCACUUACACAUCUGUUGGCUAAAGAUGUUCCAUGGAACUGGACUCAAGAGUGUUCUGAAGCCUGUGUCAAGGUCAAAGACUUGCUGGUUUCCUCACAGGUAAUGGCUCACUAUGACCCUCACAAACCGCUGGUGUUAGCUGUAGAUGCUUCUGGAUAUGGAUUAGGUGCUGUGAUCUCGCAUACCGAUGGUGUGAAUGAAAAACCUAUUGCAUAUGCUUCACGAACAUUGACCUCAGCUGAGAAAAACUAUUCGCAAAUAGAAAAGGAGGCCUUAGCAAUAAUCUUUGGAGUGACAAAAUUUCAUUCAUAUUUGUAUGGGCGGAUGUUCACGCUUAUCACAGACCACAAACCCUUAACUAGCAUAUUUGGACCUAAGAAAGGCAUUCCAAUUCUAACUGCUUCGCGAUUGCAGCGAUGGGCAAUUCAACUGUCAUCUUACCAGUUUGACAUUAAAUAUCGAGCUACUGGGAAACAUCAAAAUGCGGAUACCCUCUCACGUUUUCCAAUGGCGUGUGUUGACCAAGAGUCAAGGACACAGUUUGAUAGAGAGACUGAACAAAUUCACAAAAUACAGAUAAGAAACUUACCUGUGACCGCGGAUAAAAUGGUUGCUGCAAUAAAGAAUGAUGUGGUACUUUCCCGUGUAAUGGAGUUUACUAGGAGUAGUUGGCCAAGUUUACAACCUGACACUAUUUUGUUACCAUAUUUCCGAGUUCGAAAUGAGCUUACCAUUGAAGAUGGAUGUUUACUUCGAGGGAUCAGAGUGAUUAUCCCCGAAAAGUACAGACAGGAUGUACUGGAGGAGUUAUACGUUUCUCAUCCUGGAAUGGUCCGGAUGAAAUCAUUAGCCAGACUUCAUGUAUGGUGGCCCGGAUUGGACUCUGAUAUAGAGACAAAGGUAUCUCAGUGUGGACCUUGUAGAAGUCAGUUACCAAACUUACCAAAGGCUCCAGCAAAUCCGUGGUUAUGGCCUAGUGCACCCUGGAAAAGAGUGCAUAUUGACUUUGCAGGACCUUUCAUGUAA